AUGGACUGUAAUGCAGUAAGUUCCCUAUCAUGGGUUCCAAGAGGUUAUGCAAAGGAAAUCCCUGUCAAAAAUUCGCACUAUUGUAUGAAUGACGAGGAUGUUGAGCAAUACUUUGUCAACCACAAUAUCGAACAUGAAAUAAAUAGUCAAACAAAGACUAAUAUUGACACGAAAUUGAAUUCACUAGGAAAUGAUGAUAAUAAUAAAAAAGACUUUUCUUUUUAUGGUGAAAACUUUUUUCAUACAGUGGAAAAAGGAUUAUCUAAGUUUGGAAAGGACCCGAAUAUGAAACGAGAUCAAAUUAUUGAUUAUGAUGAAGAUGAUGCACUUCAAAUAAAAGAAAGUGAUUCACUAUUGUCAACGACCGCAAUUGAAGAUGAUGUUGCUACUUUGCAGGUAUAUUUAUAUUCAAUCGAAGAUGGAAGUUUUUACGUACACCACGAUAUCAUUAUUGGAGAUUAUCCCCUUUGUUCAGAAUGGAUUUCUUUAGGGGCUUAUAAUAAAAACAAUAUUAUUGCGGUUGGGUCAUUUAAUGGUGAGAUCAAUCUUUGGAAUUUAGAUUUUAUUGAUUCAAUUGAUCCAAUAUUAAUGUUACAAAGUGAAACGGGCCAUUCUGAUGCAGUUAUGAGCUUGGCAAUUCACAGUAAAAAUUCUAAGUUAUUGGCAUCUGGCUCUGCCGAUGAAACAGUUAAGCUUUGGGAUUUAAAUGAAGGUUCUUGCAUUAGCACUUAUUCUAAUUGCAGCGGAAAAGUUCAAUGUUUAGAGUGGCAUCAUUCUGAGAACAAUAUAUUAAUUUCUGCUGACUAUAGUAGGUCGAUACAAAUCAUUGAUAUUAGGACUGUAAAUCAUCAAGCUUUACUAAAGUAUGACAAAGAGUAUGGAGAUCCAGAGUCCAUUGUACUACCUAAUGCGGAUAUUUAUGAUAAUGGAAAUACUUUAAUAAUCUCAACAGAAAAUGGAUUUAUUUCUGGAUACGACAUUAGAAUGCUUUCAGAAAAUUGUGCUAAGAGCAAAUUCUCAAUAUUAGCAAACUUUAAUUCAAAGCCGAUAACAUCUGUUUGUUGUACAUCUAUUUCUAAUAUGUUAGUUAGUUGUGACUUAGACGGUGUUUCAAAAGUAUGGGAUUUAUCUAAUAUGAAAGAAUGCAUUAUUGAAAAAUCUUUGAAGGGAGGGAAGUUAUUCACAUGUAAAAGUUGUCCAGAUGAAGAAGCUCUAGUGGCCUUCGGAGGUGAGUCAGUAAUCCUUUGGAAUAUUUUUCAAGAAGAUAUUGUAUCCAAGAAAUUCAAUUUGUGA